AUGGAGGAAGAAGUUGCUGCUCUCGUCAUCGACAAUGGUUCGGGUAUGUGCAAGGCCGGUUUCGCCGGUGAUGAUGCUCCCCGAGCUGUUUUCCCCUCUAUUGUCGGUCGCCCCCGUCAUCAUGGUAUCAUGAUUGGUAUGGGUCAGAAGGACUCGUAUGUUGGUGAUGAGGCUCAGUCCAAGCGUGGUAUCCUCACCCUGCGAUACCCCAUUGAGCACGGUGUUGUCACCAACUGGGACGACAUGGAGAAGAUUUGGCACCACACCUUCUACAACGAGCUGCGUGUCGCCCCCGAGGAGCACCCCGUCCUGCUCACCGAGGCUCCCAUCAACCCCAAGUCCAACCGUGAGAAGAUGACCCAGAUUGUCUUCGAGACAUUUAACGCCCCAGCUUUCUACGUCUCUAUCCAGGCCGUUCUGUCUCUGUACGCCUCCGGUCGUACCACUGGUAUCGUUCUGGACUCUGGUGAUGGUGUCACUCACGUUGUCCCCAUUUACGAGGGUUUCGCCCUUCCCCACGCCAUUGCCCGUGUCGACAUGGCUGGUCGUGAUCUUACCGACUACCUCAUGAAGAUUCUUGCUGAGCGCGGUUACACUUUCUCCACCACCGCCGAGCGAGAAAUCGUCCGUGACAUCAAGGAGAAGCUUUGCUACGUCGCCCUCGACUUCGAGCAGGAGAUCCAGACUGCCGCCCAGAGCUCCAGUCUGGAGAAGUCCUACGAGCUUCCCGAUGGUCAGGUCAUUACUAUUGGUAACGAGCGAUUCCGUGCUCCUGAGGCUCUCUUCCAGCCCUCUGUCCUUGGUCUUGAGAGCGGUGGUAUCCAUGUCACCACCUUCAACUCCAUCAUGAAGUGUGAUGUCGAUGUCCGAAAGGAUCUCUACGGCAACAUUGUCAUGUCUGGUGGUACCACCAUGUACCCUGGUCUCUCCGACCGUAUGCAGAAGGAGAUCACUGCCCUUGCUCCUUCUUCCAUGAAGGUCAAGAUCAUUGCUCCUCCCGAGCGAAAGUACUCCGUCUGGAUCGGUGGUUCCAUUCUUGCUUCCCUGUCCACCUUCCAGCAAAUGUGGAUCUCCAAGCAGGAGUACGACGAGAGCGGUCCCUCAAUCGUUCACCGCAAGUGCUUCUAA